AUGCAGAAAUGGGUCAUCCCUAUGGCCAAGGGACAUCGCUUUGACAGAGCCGUUGAGAGCCAACAAGGAGGAAAUGCAUCUGUCUUCGGAGGGGAACCUGGUUUCUACGGAGACGAUGCUACAGGUUACGGGCCGGUGUUUGAGGACCAGCCGGUCGAAACCAUCUACCCUGAGGAGUCGCCUGAGGCCAAAAUCACCAUGAGCUGUCGAGCACGAGCCAACCCACCUGCCACAUACCAGUGGAGGUUGGACAGCCGGAACAUAGACCUGGAUGGUGAUAACCAUUACACUCUGGUCGGGGGCGACCUGGUCAUCUCUAACCCCAUUAAGAACAAGCACGUUGGGAACUACUCCUGUGUGGCCACCAACGACUACGGCACCGUGGUCAGCCGAGAGGCUGGCGUCCAGUUUGGAUACCUGGACUUCUUCUCGUCUGAGGAAAGAGAGGCGGUGCACGUGAAGGAGGGCCAGGGGGCAGUCCUGCUCUGCGCUCCUCCUCCACACUACCCAUACGAGCUGUCAUUCCGCUGGAUUCUGAAUGAGUUCCCCAUCUUCAUCACGCUGGAUAAACGUCGCUUUGUCUCCCAGACCACAGGGAACCUCUACAUCUCUAAGGUGGAUUCAUCAGACAGUGGCAACUACUCCUGCUUCGUCUCCAGCACAUCCAUCGCCAAGAGCGUCUUCAGCAAGUUCAUCCCCCUCGUCCCCCUGGCUGAACGUCCAAUCAGGAAAUACCCCGCUGACAUCAAAGUCAAGUUCCCAGACACUUACGCGCUGGUGGGACAGAAUGUCACAAUGGAAUGCUUCGCCCUGGGAAACCCCAUCCCUCAGAUCCGCUGGAAGAAGAUGAACGGAGAGCUGCCGUCCAAUCACGACGUCAGCAUGGCGGGCGCCCGCCUCCACCUGUACAACGUGCAGUAUGAGGACGAGGGGACAUACGAGUGUGAGGCCCUCAACUCUAAAGGAAAGGACUGGCACAGGGCACGGGUCUCUGUAGAAGCAUUCCCAGAGUGGACAGAGUCCAUCAACAGUACAGAGAAGGACAUCAGUAGUGACUACACCAUGUCCUGUGUGGCUAGCGGCAAGCCCAAACCCCGCGUACAAUGGCUCAAGAACAGCUAUCCCUACGAUAAGCGUAAUUUGAGGUUCAGUGGUCUGACGUUUGAGGACUCUGGGAUGUACCAGUGUAUAGCAGAGAAUCGCCAUGGAGUCAUCUAUGCUAACGCAGAGCUGCGAGUGAUUGCGUGCGCCCCCACGUUUGAGCACAACCCUGUGAAGUGGAGGAUUCUGGGAGCUAAGAACGGCAGAGUGGUCACAGAGUGUAAACCGAAAGCAGCUCCCAAACCCUCGUUCUCCUGGAGCAAGGGCGCCGAACUGCUCUUCAACUCCACCAGGGUGUUAAUCUGGGAGGAUGGUAGUCUGGAAAUUCUGAAUGUGACCGAAGCAGACGAGGGGCGUUACACCUGCUUUGCUGAGAACAAUCGGGGCAAGGCCAACAGCACAGGCUCCCUCUCCAUCACAGAGGCCACUAAGAUCACCUUGGCUCCUUCCAACGCAGACGUGACGGUGGGGGAGAGUACCCACAUGCAGUGCGCCGCGUCACAUGAUUCCACGCUGGACAUCACAUUCGUCUGGACCCUGGACGCCCACGCCAUCGACUUCGACCGGGAGGGAUCCCACUAUGAACGCAACCUGAAUGGCGGUUCCAGUGGAGAGCUGCUCAUUAAGAACACCCAGCUGAAUCACUCUGGACGUUACACCUGCACCGCCCAGACCCCUGUGGACAACGUCACCGCAUCCGCCAAUCUGGUAGUCAGAGGUCCACCUGGGUCUCCAGGUGGGGUGCGUGUGGAGGAGAUCAGGGAUAAGAGUGUGCGUCUGAUCUGGAGCCGAGGUACAGACAACCACAGCCCCAUCUCUAAAUACACUAUCCAGUGCCGGGACUCGUUCUCUCAGGAGGACUGGAGAGAUGCCACCACAUCCCCUCCGGAUGUGGAAGGAAAUGCAGAGACAGCCACGGUGGUGGACUUGCUUCCAUGGACAGAGUAUGAGUUCAGGGUGAUAGCCACCAACACCCUGGGGACAGGAGACCCCAGCAGCCCCUCUCCCAAAGUCACCACGCUGGAGGCAGUUCCUGUGGUGGCUCCCUCAGACAUCGGCGGCGGUGGCGGGACCAGCAGGGAGCUGACCAUAACUUGGACGCCGGUGCAGCCACAGUACUAUUAUGGACGUAACUUUGGCUACAUCAUCGCCUUCAAGCCCCGGGAUGGCUACGAGUGGAGGAAGGUGACUGUGGCAGACCCCGAGGCUAAACACUACGUCCACAAAGACUCAUCCAUCCUCGCCUCCACAGAGUUUGAGGUCAAAGUCAAGGCCUUCAACAGCAAAGGGGAAGGACCCUAUAGUCUCAUGGCUGUCGUCUACUCUGCGCAGGACGUGCCAUCUAAAGCCCCUACUAGUGUGGGGGCCAGGGCGCUGUCCGCCACUGAGGCCAUCGUGUGGUGGCUUCCUGUCACCCAGCACACUGUAGAAGGCUACCAGGUGCGGUACUGGAGGAAGGCGGAGGAUAGCGAGACAUCCAGUCAGAGGGUGGUGGUGUCCAGCAGAGAGAACCAGACCAGGCUGGAUAAUAUGACCCCAGACUCCCACUACCUCGUAGAGGUCAAGGCCUACAAUGCAGCCGGAUACGGACCCAGCAGCCAACACUUACAGAUCUACACCAAGAAAGCCCCCCCAAGCCGGCCUCCUAAAAUAAUCAGUAAAAAGCUGAAAGGCACAUCAGUGAAUAUCGCCUGGGAACAUGUUGAACCCUUGGCCAACGAGUCAACAAUAGAUGGCUACAAGGUCCUGUACAGGCAGGCCAGCAAAUCCACUGGGAUGCUGUUUACCACUGGGAAGCGGUCCAUAGACCUGCCCAUGCACAAGGAUGGGGACUACAUAGUGGAGGUCAGGGCUCACAGCGAGGGAGGGGACGGGGCUGUGGCCCAAGUACGCAUCUCAGCUGGAGGCGUCAUGGCUGCCAAGUCCCUCAGCUUGGCCUCCCUGCUCCUGGUGGCUCUGCUCUGCCUGAUGGGCCUCUGA